AUGAUUUACACCUCUCUGGACAACUUCUACCUCACCCCCGAGGAGGUCGAGGCGUCCCCUUCCCGUGCCGAUGGCGUGGAUGCGGCUACGGAGGAUCAGCUGCGCCGCUUCGGGUGCGGCAUGCUGCAGCGGGCCGUGGUCCUGCUGGGCCUGCCCCAAGGCGUGGCGGUUACAGCCCAGGUGCUCCUCCACCGCUUCUACUGCCGACGCUCGCUGAAGAAGUUUGACGUCAAGGUGACCUCCAUCGCCGCCUUCUGGCUGGCCGCCAAGCUGGAGGAGGUGGUGGAGAUCGAUCGCCCGGACCGCCUGCGCCUGCGCGAUGUGCUCACCACCUUCCACCGCCUGCUGGCACGCGCCGCCGGCUCUCCCGUCCCCGCCCCGCUGGACCCCCACUCCGCGCGCUACGCGGAGCUCAAGGCGGCGGUAGUGCGCGACGAGCGCCACCUGCUGCGCGCGCUGGGCUUCGUCAUCGGCGCCGAGCAACCGCACCGCUUCGUGCUGAACUACGGCGCGCUGGUGCUGGGCGCAGGGACGCGCGUGCAGCAGGAGGCCUGGAACCUGGCCAACGACUCGCUGCACACCACGCUGUGCCUCACGCUGCGCCCCGAGGUCGUGGCCUGCGGCAUCCUCUUCCUGGCCGCGCGCCGGCUGGGCAUCCCGCUGCCGGAGGCGCCGCCCUGGUGGCAGCCACUGGGCGCCACCACGCAGCAGGUGCACGCGGUGGCCGCCGCACUGUGCCAGCUCUACGCCAAGCCCCCGGCCCAGUAUACAGACGUCAGGGCGCGGGGGAGCGGGGGGCCUGCACGGGGUGCGGCGGCGGGUGGCGCGGACGCGGAGGAGGGUCUGGAGACGGACGCUGGCGUCGGGAAGGGCGCCGGCGUGGAGGCGGCGGCUGCCGCCAUCGACGCCGUGACCCUGGAGCAGGGGCCCGGGAGUGCGUCACGGGACGCGCGCACAGACACGGCCAGACGCCGACAGGCGGAGGGAAGCGACCGCGCACAGCCGGACGGCGAGCACGCGCGAGAGCGGAGGGAGAGCAGGGAGCGGCGAAGGAGCCGCAGCCGGGAAGCACGGGAGCGGCGUCACCGCGACGACUCUAAGCGCCGGCGGCACCAUGGCGAGUAA